AUGAGUAUCCCCAACUCUGCCCAGGUGGGUUUUCUGGUGCCACUGAAAAAUAAUUUGGAGGAAGUAGGACGAGGAGAAAAUUCAGUUCCUAAAAUCAGUUUAUCACAAGGGCACAAUGUAAUUGGCCGCAGUUGCAUUACUUCUGCCGAUAAACGCAUUAGUCGGAAGCAUCUCAGCGUCAAUGUUGCUACCAAUGGCUCUGCUCUUGUCUCGGUGGAUGGAACAAACCCUGUUGUCAUUAGAAGUAAGGGUGGUGAGAGGAAGAAGCUUUCAUCUGGAGAGAACUUGAAAAUUGAAAAUGGUGAUGUGGUUGAAUUAAUACCCGGACACUACUUCUACAAGUAUGUAUUACUCGACAGUGAAAAGGAAGAAAAUUUACGGAGUAAUAACCGGAAAAGGUCUUGGGUUGAAGAAAGUGGUUGUAGCAAAAAAGAUCAUGGUAUUGUUAGGAAGAUAUCAGAAGAUGAAUCUGAAAUCAAAACUCAAGCGGAAGGUUCAAAAAAGCUAAAAAUGGUGGAGUGUAAUGGUCAUGAUGUAGUGAAGUCGUCAGAGGGUAUUCACCAUUUUGAAGUUUCAAAAGACAAGCUACCAUUGACUUUUCGACUGUUACGGGUGCAAGGGCUACCGGCCUGGGCAAAUACGAAUGCUGUUUCAAUCAGUGAUGUGAUUCAGGGAAAUGUGCUUCUUGCUGUACUGUCUAAUUACAUGGUGGAUAUGGAUUGGCUACUUUCUGCAUGUCCAACGGUUAAGAAAGUGCCUCAUGUUCUAGUUAUCCAUGGAGAAGGUGAUGGAAGAUUGGAGUAUAUGAAGAGAAACAAGCCUGCGAACUGGAUCCUGCAUAAACCUCCUCUACCAAUAUCAUAUGGUACGCACCAUUCCAAGGCAAUGAUUCUUGUUUAUCCUCAAGGAGUGAGAGUGAUUGUACAUACAGCAAACUUGAUAUAUGUUGAUUGGAAUAACAAGAGCCAAGGCUUGUGGAUGCAAGAUUUUCCAUGGAAAGACAAUAACACUGAGAGCAAACGAUGUGGUUUUGAGACUGAUUUGGUUGAUUAUCUAAGCUCACUGAAGUGGCCAGAGUUCAAUGCUAAUCUACCAGAACUUGGCAGCUUCAGUAUUAAUCCAUCGUUCUUCAAGAAGUUUGAUUACAGCAGUGCAAUGGUCAGGCUAAUCGCGUCAGUCCCUGGAUAUCAUUCUGGUACCAACCUGAAAAAGUGGGGACACAUGAAGUUGCGUUCCGUUUUACAAGAGUGCACUUUCAGUGAAGAGUUUCGGAAGUCUCCACUCAUUUACCAGUUUUCUUCCUUAGGUUCCUUGGAUGAGAAGUGGAUGGCAGAAUUCGCGGCUUCUAUGAGUGCUGGAAUCUCAGAAGAUAGGAAGCCCCUUGGGCUAGGGGAGCCAUUGAUUGUAUGGCCUAGCGUGGAAGAUAUCAGAACAUCUUUGGAGGGAUAUGCAGCUGGGAAUGCAGUUCCAAGCCCAGUAAAGAAUGUGGAGAAACCCUUCCUGAAGAAGUAUUGGGCAAAAUGGAAAGCUAGCCACACUGGUCGCUGUCGUGCGAUGCCUCACAUUAAGACAUUCCUACGGUAUAAUGGUCAAAACCUCGCCUGGUUGUUACUUACUUCAUCCAACCUCAGUAAAGCUGCAUGGGGUUCUCUCCAGAAAGGCAAUUCUCAGUUGAUGAUUCGUUCUUAUGAGCUAGGGGUUUUGUUUCUGCCUACUUCCAUCAAGUCUGGUUGUGGAUUUUCUUGCACGGAAGCCUUGAAAUCCGCAAAUGGUAACUCAGGACUACAGAAUUGUCCAGAGGAGAAGGGAACAAAGCUGGUGACUUUGGACUGGCGAGGGAACACAGCUGCUAACUCCUCUACUGAAGUGAUACAAUUGCCUGUUCCAUAUGAGCUUCCACCAAAACCUUAUACCCCAGAAGAUGUUCCUUGGUCCUGGGAUCGUCGAUAUACAAAGAAGGAUGUUUAUGGAGAAGCAUGGCCGAGACAUGUACGGACUUACAUUGUUUUAUGGGUUCCGAUUGUGGUGGUUAUGUAUAAACUGUACUAUCCUUCUUAUUCGUCUUUGUUGCGGAGAUCAUGCUAUGGUGAAAAAUGGAGUCUAAGUUUGAUUAGCAAGCUUCAGAGCUUUUCUAGUUUGGCUGGUGUUACAUCUUCAUUGUGUGAUACAAACAGAUACUUGCGUCAGCUAACCAAAUCAGGCCGACUCGAUGACGCCCGUAAGUUGUUUGAGCAAAUGCCUGAGAAGGAUGACUUUACAUGUAAUACAAUGGUUUCAGGGUAUGCUAAUUCAGGGAGGUUAAAUGAAGCAAAGGAAGUGUUUGAUGUGAUCCCAAACAAGAGUUCGAUUACUUGGUCAUCUCUCAUUUCAGGUUAUUGCAAGUGUGGAAAUGAAACCGAAAUAUUUCAAUUGUUCUGUCAAAUGCAGGAGGAGGGCCAUAAGCCGAAUCAGUUCACAUUGGGCAGUGUUCUCAGGGUUUGCUCUGUCAAGGGUUUACUUUCACAGGGUAAACAGAUUCAUGGGUAUGCCGUAAGGAAUCAGUUUGAUUCAAAUGUAUAUGUGAUUACUGGUCUUAUUGAUAUGUAUGCCAAAUGCUUAUCCGUGGUGGAAGCAGAGUCCCUGUUUCAAAUGAUGCCUCCUUGUGGGAGAAAUCAUGUUACCUGGACAGCCAUGAUAAAUGGGUACUCAUUAAAUGGCGAUGUGCUUAAAACACUUAAUUGUUUUAAGGGAAUGAUACGGGAAGGAAUUAAGGCAAACCACUAUACAUUUCCAGGAGCUUUGGCAGCUUGUGGUGCAGUUUACGAUCUUAGGUUUGGGGAACAGUUGCAUUGUUGUAUAGUUUGUGGAGGUUUUGAGUCUAACGUGUUUGUCCAGACUGCAUUGUUAGACAUGUAUGCUAAAUGUGGAGACUUGGAUUGUGCUAAGAAUGUGUUGGAGACGACGGAUAUUGAUCAUGUUGUCUCUUGGAACUCGUUGAUUGUUGGCUACGUGAGAAAUGGAUUUGAAGAGGAGGCAUUAUCAUUGUUCCAGGUGAUGCAUCGUAGAAAUAUGGAAAUGGACUAUUUUACUUAUCCAUCGGUUAUAAACUGUCUUACCUCAAGUAAUCACGUGAAACUAGCGCAGUCUGUUCAUUGUCUGGUGGUGAAAUCUGGUUUCAAUGAUCAUAAGCUCAUAAAUAAUGCUCUUUUAGAUAUGUAUGCGAAGCAGGGGAAUUUGUGUUCUGCAUUUCGGUUGUUUAACAACAUGGUGAAUAGGGAUGUCAUCUCUUGGACGUCUGUUAUUGUCGGUUGUGCUCACAAUGGCUACCAUGAAGAAGCUCUCAAGUUGUUCACUGAAAUGAGAUCUACUGUCAAUGGGCAAACACCAAGACUUUGGUACUGA